AUGGAUUUUGGAUUUUCCACGUUAAUGAAUAAAAAUUCCAUGUAUACUACUACAACACCUUAUUCAAUGGCCGGUACAUUCAUACAUCAUCCUCAACAUAAUUCAUCCUCAUUGUCGUCAAUAGCAACCACAACCACCACCAGCACAACCACACCUUUGUUCAAUAAUCAAACAAUCAAUGAACAUUUAACUUCACAAAUUAACCAACUAGACAAACAUUCAUCACAGCAACCAACAACACUGUCACCACAACUACCGACUGAUCAAUCAACUGCGAAAUAUUUCAAUCAAUUUACCGAUGAUUCUACAAUGAAACAUGUUCAAUAUUCAAUGGAUUAUUACAACUAUGAUUCAUUUAGAAAUGAUCCGUGUACAACCAAUGUGAAUUCAAUUGGAGCAUGUGAUUUACGUACUGAACCACCAGCACCACUACAACCACCUGCACCACCACAUGACAUUUUACAUAACAAUCAAAAGCCAUUCAUGUCCGAUUAUCAUUUUUGGCAUAAAUUUCAUACUUAUCCUACAAUGUUUCCUUACUAUCAACAGCAUACUACUUAUGAUUUGACUAAUACUACUAAUACUACUACUACUACGACUACUACUAAUAAUAGUAGCAGAAAUUAUUCAUAUUUUCCUCAUUCAAUGUAUAAUUCUGCAUUUCAUCAUUCCUAUUCAUCAACGAAUCCUAAUUUAUCAAUGUUUCCAACAUCUGCUUCAACAAACAACUCAUCUACACCUGAUUAUUAUCAUUCAGCCCAUCUCCACCACCACGAAGAACUUCAACUCAAUCAACGUGAGAGUAAAUCGGAUUGUCGAUUAUCAGUUGGUAGUACACAUGUGAAUCCUGUUAAUAAUCACCAUCAGCCCCACCAUCACCACCAACACAACUCAUUGUUUCUAGCAUCCACCAUUGAUCCAAUGAUCAAUGAGACAAGUGAUCCUACAUUGAUGAAAACUACCAUGUCCUCCUGUGUGAUGAAGUCAUCCAUGUCGGGCAUGGAUGAUAAUCGUUCAUGUUAUAAGAAAAGCUUAAAACGUAAAUCAAUGCAGAAUAAUGAUUAUGAGUACCAGUCGAUACAAAAUGAUUUACCUGGAAUGAAUCAAUUCUAUGAUACAUCAAAUCAUGUUAUGAAUAAAAAAAUCUUUGAAAAUACUGGUAAGUUGUAG